AUGCUCCUAGUACAUUGUCUUUGGCUGCUGCUUUACAACGUCCACACCAGUCGCGGCGACCUGAUCGAAGUUUACAAGGAAUUGUCCCACACGAUCCUGUACCCGCAAGAGAAGAGUGACGACCUGCCCGUGGAACUAGGCCAGGACGGUUAUUCGGGCUGCAUCUGCCGGGCCAGCAAACAGAAUGGGGUCGUGGUCUGCUUCGGGAAUUACGAGUGUCGAAUGUUUCCUAAGGUCAAAGUGAAAUGCGAAUUUCUCAGAGUCAGAACCACAGUCAUAACGAAUAUAAGAAAAGGACACUUGGAUUCAUUAUACUUUUUAAAAGUGCUGGAAAUAGAAGCCAAUCAUCAACUAAGACACAUAGAGGCAGGAGUGUUUAAGAACCUCACGAAUUUACAACAGUUGUCUAUAUCAUACAACACGCACUUACAUUCUAUUAAUGAACAUACGUUUAUCGGACUAGUGAAUCUACGCAAUUUAACACUAGUCAACAAUGGGUUCAGUAAUAUACUCGCCAUUACACCAGCUUUCAAGCCUAGUAUUCUCCCGGCUCUCAGAGGUCUUGACAUCUCAGAAAAUGCCUUCGAAAUUAUACCAGAAGACGCUUUCGUACCAAUGAAAGGUACAAGGCUUAUGAAACUUGAUCUGAAUCUGUGUAGAUUGGAUUUUAUACAUCCGAAGAGUUUUCUUCCAUUGAAGAAUCUACGAGAACUGCAUAUAGGCGAAAAUGACUUGAACUCAACUUUAAUUGGAGAUUUUCUUUUGAAAAUGAAAGACGAAAGAAUUUAUCUAAUGUAUUUGGAUAUAUCAGGAAUGGGGUUCAGAAAAAACCCACCGCGCGACUUGAUGGAAAUAAUAGCUGAAACCAGUGUAAGAAGAUUAAUUUUAUCACAUAAUCAAUUUGAGUUUAUCGAUGAUGAUUCGUUCCCUAAAAUGGAGAAUAUAGAAUUGAUGGAUCUUAGGAAAGUUUUGGCAAUGCAGAUUGGUUCCAAUGCAUUCAAUCCACAUAAAUUUCCGAACCUGAAAGUGCUUUUACUAAGCGGAAACAAUUUACCUGGAUUACACAAGGCACCCUUCUCAGAUCAACUCCUCUUUUUAGAUUUAUCUGAUAACAAAGGUAGUCCAACGAAUCCUAUGUAUUACGAGAUUGAUAGAAACACUUUUGUCCAAAGCAAGGAACUUAAAAUACUAAAUUUAGCUUUUAAUAGAAUCAGAGCUAUCUUCGAGUACACGUUUCGUGGCUUGGAAAAUCUACAGAUCCUGAGUAUGGAGAACGGCACCUUGUAUCACAUUGGUGAUAAAAGUUUCAAGCCAUUAAAACGAUUAGAAAUGUUAAAUUUAGCCAACAAUCCCUUGGAACAAAAUGAGAAUUUGACAAGUUCCAUGUUUGAUGGAUUAAAUGACUUAAAAAUUUUGAUUCUAGAAAACUGUGGAAUAAAGAGAUUUUAUGAUGAUGAUAACAUAUUCGAGAUGAUGCCAAACCUGACCCAUCUUGUGCUUAGAAAUAACCAAUUGUACUAUAUAUCAGCAGAGACGUUGAAGCCGUUAAAAUUACUAAAGGUAUUAGACCUAUCCGAGAAUCUCUUUGUUUCGUGGUGGCAACCAUUGUUCCUUGCCUCUGGCGUUAAGCCGAUCACUCUGAAUCUAAAGAACAACAAACUAUCACAUUUUUCAAUGAGUAUGAUACAAGAUAUAAGUUAUUUGUUAGAAAAUAAUGGUAAUUCAAGAAUAGAAAUAGAGUUAAUGGAUAACAUUUUUAUAUGUGAUUGCAGUUCGAUGUAUAAAAUGUAUAGUUGGUUACAAGCGAACGGUAGCGAGGUUCUUAGAAAGUUUAUUCAGAGUUCCAAAUUCCAAUGCAGCAGUCCGGAUAUUUGGGAAGAUAAGAGGGUAGCUGAUUACUUAUCUUCAAUAAAAACGUUGCGAUGCCUGAUGACGGAGAAAAUGACAAACAUAAUAUAUUUAGUUUGGACUGCACCAUCGCUAGUAGCUCUAGCACUGAUCUUAUUUAUAAUAGUUUUUAUCUUUAAAUUUAAGACGUACAUUCGCUAUUGGAUGUUUUUAGCUAAACUGGCUUUAGGGCGGAAUUUCAGGAGAAAAUCUGGGAAGCAUGUAGAGACAAAGGAUUACAAGUAUGAUGCUUUUAUAUCUUACAGCAGUGAAGAUAGAGAUUUUGUCGUCCAUAUGAUUAACAAUUUAGAACUGGAACCACCAUUCCUGAAGCUAUGCGUUUACGAACGAGACUUUGAUAUAGGAUCUUUCAUAUCAGAAGCAGUAUUAAAAAGUGUGAACGAAAGUAAAUACGUAAUUUUAGUUAUAAGUAAUGGGUUUGCUAAAUCCCAAUGGUGUAGAUGGGAGACCCAAUUGGCGGAGUACCAUCGAAUUUUUUUAGAGGAUGGUACCUCCUAUGACCCUUUAGUUUUAGUUAGAAUAAGCGAUGUACAAAAUAAAUAUCUGACGACAACAUUGAAAUACUUGUUGAAAACCAAAAUUUAUCACACGUGGGACGAAAAUAAUCAAGAUGAGUUUUGGAAGAAAUUAAGAAAUGUACUGACACGGAAGAUAUAA